UCUGAAUUCACCAGGAGAUUGAGCACUCAGACCGGCAGCAGUGCACCAUCUCGAUCUAAUUUUAAGAGCUCUAUGCUACGUCAUACAACUCAUUUACGUCCCGAAAAUAAAGAGAGCGAUACCAAUGGGCAUUUCUCGUCUCUGCGAUCAUCUUACAAUGCAACAAACUCCAGAUAUGUUUCCUCGUCGAACGACAGAUCUCGGGACGUUGUGACCAGAGCGUACAAAGCGCCGGCAACAAAACAGGAAGAGGGCAGAAAUAAUCAGAACGUGGUGUCGAUGGUAUUAGUCAUAGGAUUGGCCCUUUUCUUCGGUGUUUUGGCUAUUGUUUACCUCGGUCUAGGUGGAAAAACUGAGAGUGUACCUUCUCUGCCUAUGGACAGUGAAGUUCCACUUUGUUCGCAUUCUGAUCACGAUAAACCUGGUGUUAACUGCUUAUUCAAAGAAGAUGUGGAAACUGUCAUGCAAUUAUUGAAACGACUGAGACCGAUUUUGAUGAGAAGAGCUGUUGCUGCUGUCUGUGAGGACACCAGUGAUGCACCAUACAUCACCGAUUCCGAGGUGAUAAAUAUGUUGAAGAGUACUAAAGUCAGAGAAUUUGAAAUCACUGGUGAUCUCCACAACGCUCAAUUAUUAAUCUUUGAAAAUCCAAAAUGGGGAAUUUCACUUAUUGAAGUCGAUGAAGGAACUGACAUAUCUGCGCAUAUUCUAGAUUCAAUGGAAAAAGUGUUUCAGACUCGUUUGGAAGGAAAAGUAGGCAUGGUAAUGCUGGAUCCAGAAUUACCAGUGAAAUGUUUAAUAAAACAGAAAGUCUUCACAGUCCUAUCGACCCUCCUGAUCUGUGCCAUCGGAGUAGCAACAGUUCUGGGGCUCCACAAAUUCGUUCAGUGGUACAUAAAAUAUAAAAAAUCAGCUGAGAGAGAGGUUUUCCACCUGGUGAGUGAGAUAAUAAGCAUGGUGGAGAUCCAUCACCAGAAUGCAGUCACAGGGAGUCCAGGAGGCACUCAGGAGAGUUACCUAGCCAUAAACCACGUGAGGGACAACCUGAUACCACCGAAGGAUCGUAGAAAAAUGACAGGCCUCUGGGAGAAAGCAGUCAAAUUCCUCGACGAGAAUGAAUCGAGAAUUCGUCGUGAAGUUCAACAAGUGGCUGGAGAGGAAUUCCACGUGUGGAGGUGGCUGCCAAACCUCAAUACUUCAAGUGCGGCGUCCCCAGGAGGCAGCAAGAAGAACAAAGUUUGGCAGGGACAGGCAUUCGAGACUAUGGAGGGAUCUGUCAACAGUCCUGCAUUCUCCCCAACUCCUUGUCUCAAGAUUCGUCACAUGUUUGAUCCUGAUGUGGAAUUCGAAGAUGACUGGGAAGUGAAGGUUCAGGACGCAAUCCUCGAGAAAUGCGGCGAGGGUGUGAAAAUUCUUCACAUUAGAGUCGAUCGUGGCAGUCGAGAGGGCUGUGUCUACAUGAGGUGCUUGACUCAUGACGAUGCUGGCAAGGCGUACAGAGCUCUUCAUGGCUGCUGGUUUGAUGGUCACCUCGUGACAGUCAAAUACCUGCGACUCGAGAGAUAUCACGAGCGUUUUCCUGAUGCAGUACGCAGCAAUCAGCCCCUGAAACCGAGCAACAAUCAGCGACUCUCGAUGCAGGCGAAUUCCUGGCAAACGCAGAGCCCCCUCGAAGCUAAUUAACCACUCAGGUUGGCCCAACUCGAGAUUAAAACGAGAGAAGUUCAAGAUUAUCAGUUUUUUCUUUCACUCGGGGAGAAAAAUUAUUGUCUUGAUAAAUGUACAGUAGCAUUAUUCAUCGAGUGGACACGAGGAAAAAUUGAGAAUGAUAAAGGUGAAUUGUGGGGAAAGGAUAGAGUGAUGGAUAUUUUUAUUUUUCGUACGUCAGUGCCCCAUUAACAUUACUUAAUGAUCAUAAGAUUGUCCAGGAGUUGAAUGACUCGUGAAAAAAAAAAUCCGGUCAGACCGGUGAGCUAAGAAAAGUAUAUAGUUAUUACUAAAUGAUGAGAAAACACUGUUUAAUCAUGAAAAAUUGUACAGUCAAACUGUUUGCCUCUAGAUUUAUCGACUCGUGUUGCUAUUGGUCUCACAGUUUCUAUUAUUAACAUUAAUUUUAUUACCUCUUCUGUCCCAUUAAAAAUGAUAAUAACUGUGUUGUUAAUUACAUCAUUUGGCAUCAGCGCUUUGUUAAACAAUUAUAUUUACAACGAGACGAUAAAACCGGAUUAUAUGUUCACCUGUUAAAAUUCAUCGACUUCACACGUUCACUUCGAAUCAUAGAAACAUAGAAUUCGAUACGUCGAUAAUUUAGCUGUUCUUUGAAAAAUAACGUACCUGUGAUUUUGAGAGAAAGAAAAUUAUAAAUUAAUCAUCCACUCACGCGCCUUAGGUACACCCCAUUUUUUUAAUUUUAUAUAUAAAAACGAGCGUUCUCCACGCAACUAAUUAUCGUCGAGGAAAUAAAAUGACAGUAAUGUGUGAAUAAAGAGCUGCAAAAUGUUGCAUUAUUGUAAUAAAGGAAGAUUUAUCGAAUUAAAUAAGUUUUAAUGAGUCAAGUUCGACUGCUCAUUUAUCCAUCCGUAAACAUUUUUUCCAGUUAAAUAUCAUUUAUCAAUAAUAAUAUCAUUU